AAGUACCCGAGUUUCCUUAAACUAGGGUAUAAAAACUUGGCAAUAAAUUUUAAUACUCAGUUCAUCCCAAGCAUUUGAGAAGCACUCAAGAUGUUUAAAAUAACUGUCGUAUUAGGAGCUCUUCUAAUUGUGUUUGUUGUCGAAUCAACCAGUCAAAGGAUAAUUCUACCUACAUAUAGACCACUGUAUCGUCCUACUCUUAAACCGAUUAUACCCAAUAUUAUACUUCCGAUAUACCGGCCACCACGGCGAGACCCGAAUCUACUUCGCUAUGCCAGAGCAGCAGAUGAUACAACGCCGUCAGAAACCGUUAUUCCAAAUCUUGCAUCCUUACAUAAUGUGAAAUCCAGUGAUUCAAUUGUGCCAGAUACCCACCAGCAACAGUAUCGAGAAAUUAGCCAUCGAAGCGCUCGCAGCGUUGAUUCACCCGACGCCAAGCGAGGUGGAGGCAGUCCCAAGACAUCUGGCAGCAGGGACAAUGGUCCACCACACCCGGACUACAACAGACGCAAUGCAAGGGAUAUAAAACUUCCUGGACUUCUGAAUACUCAUCAACCAAAGUCUAUCUUCCCGCGUCCUAGCAUCCCAGGACCAGUUACGCGUACUCCUAUAUUAGCGAGGACAGCGCGCGAUAUUCAAAUCCCUGAAAUAAAGAAACCAACACAUCGAGAUGUAAUCAUUCCAAACUGGAAUCCUCAUGUCAAAAGUAACCCCUGGGAUAGUCUUGGCGGUAGACGUCAUAGAAGAAGUCUAGACGUUACAGAAGAGAUAAUAGAUAACAAUGCGUACGAAGCUCACUCGCGUCUGAGGAGGAGUCCAAAAAAGAAACCUCGCCGUGUUGUGAUUAUAAUAAUUCGUAAAAAGAAACAUUAAGA